UCGCUUAUUUGCAUCACAAAUUAUCCACCACUUCUCCUUGCUGAGUAUAAGCCACAAUGGCUCCUCUUCCUCACCUCUUCUCCUCUUCUAUUUUUCUCCUUAUUCUCUCCUUAUUUUCGCUCUCACUCAUUAAUCCCUGCUUUUGUUUCCACCCAAAGAAGCUCUCGAACUAUACAUAUACCAACCCCUCAGCUUGGUCUAGUGGUGGAGCCACCUGGUACGGAAGCCCAUUAGGAGCGGGGAGUGACGGUGGUGCUUGUGGGUACCAAGAUGCGGUCGAUAAGCCGCCGUUCUCGUCAAUGAUAGCUGCAGGAAGCCCUUCGAUAUUCAAGUCCGGGAAGGGCUGCGGGGCUUGUUAUCAGGUGAAAUGCACGGGCAAUGCGGCAUGUUCGGAGAGCCCGGUGACCGUCGUGGUCACCGACGAAUGCCCCGGCGGGCCGUGCCUCGACGAACCCGCGCACUUCGACAUGAGCGGGACCGCGUUCGGAGCCAUGGCGAGGCCAGGCCAAGCCGAUCAGCUUCGAAACGCCGGAAGGAUCCAAAUACAGUACAGCAGGGUGGAGUGCAACUACCACGGGAUCGACGUCGCGUUCCAUGUGGACGGAGGUUCGAACCCGAACUACUUCGCCGUUUUGAUCGAGUACGAGGGAGGCGACGGCGACCUCGCGGCGGUCGAUAUCAUGCAGCAGGGAUCGACGUCGUGGGUUCCGAUGCAGCAGUCGUGGGGCGCCGUCUGGAGGCUGAAUUCCGGUCCGGCGAUGCGACCGCCGUUCUCGCUGCGACUGACGUCGGGGAAAUCCGACAACACCCUCGUCGCGAAGAACGUGAUUCCGGCCGGGUGGUGCGCCGGCGCGACCUACCGCUCCGUGGUGAACUACAGCACCUAAAUUGUGAUCCUUCAAGUUAGAAUGGAUAAUUAUAUAUCUAUGUAUUGGUGUGUUAGGGUCUAAUUUGUGUAUGGCCCAAGUUACGUGGUAAUUAGUAUGGUGUCACCGUACUGUGUAGCAUGAAGGGUGAGGGAACAAUAAUGGGGCGGAUUGAGUGGGAAGUAGAGGAGGCGGGUGUGCACUCCCCUCCACGGUCCGUUUCAUUAAAUUCUAUCUUCUAUCUUCUAUAGUAAUGAAAUUGAGUAAUUUCUUGUGCCUUAA